AUGGGUAGAAUUGGUAACAUUGUAAAUAAUCUUUUCUGGGCUUAUUAUGCCCACCAACAAAAUAAAAGUAGAAUGGAAGCCGAAGGUCCAUACAAAGAAGUUAGAGGACAAAAAUAUGCUGAAGAUUGGAACCAAUUAUUUAUUUUUGCAAAUGAAAAUAAAUUAGAAGAACUUAAAAAUCUUUUCCCAUCAGCUCCAUCAUUUGUUACUGCUAAAGAUUCAAAUGGUUUUGAUCUUUUACAAGUUGCAAUUUCAAACAAUUCAAUAGAUGUUGCUAAAUAUUUAAUCAGUGAAGAAUCUUCACACUUUGAUUUUAACCAUCAAAAUAAUAGAGGUGUUAAUAUUUUACACAUUAUUUCAAUUAAUGGAGAUUUAGAAAUUCUUGAUUGUUUAAUUAAAAACAAUAAAGUUCCAAAUUGUGAUUUAGUUACUUCAGAAAUGGAAAGCGCUAUAUUUUUAGCUGUUUCAAAUAAUCAUAUUGACUUCUUAUCAAAAUUAAUUGCUCACUUAAAAGAAUCUGCACCAGAAAAAUUAAAAGAAGUUAUCAAUUAUCAAAACUCACACGGUGUUUCUGCUUUAUUAUUAUCUGUUUUAAGAAAUGAUAUCCAAACUGCUAAAUUAUUAAUCGAUAGUGGCGCUAGUGUCAAUGUUGUAAGAAAAGAUGGUUCAUCACCAUUACAUAUUGCCUGUACUUUCGAAGAUGCCUCAACUGAUCUCGUUAAACUUUUAUUAGACAAUGGUGCUGAUGUUACUCUUGAAAACACUUUUGGUUGGUCACCACUUCAUCAAGCUCACAAUAACAAGGAUUUCAUUGAAAAAUACGAAUUCCUUCGUAGUUAUUUAACCCAAUCUGAUAAAAAAGUUUAUUUAGAUUCAUUCGACCCAGAAAAAAAGAAAGUUAUUCCAAAACAAGAAUAA